GCUUCAAGGAGUAUCCCGUCCAGCCUCGUGCAAUGCGUGCUCCCGAGGUCUAGUCAGCUCUCAUCGUUCCGACGUCUAGGCAUUCGAUGUCAAGGUCAGCCACUCUGCUGGGUUUUUGUUCGUGUCAUUGCGAGCAAAGCUCCCAACAUCAGGCACCCAGCUCGAGAACGCUAGACGCAACGGACCAUGCAGACAUUGUACUCGUACUCGUGCUACAGAACGUGACAAUGCGGAAGGCGACACUUGCAGCUCGCACCCGAUUGGACAUCAGCAACAAAGUAAGCUUGCAGAUCAAAAUAAUUCCCAUGGGGUCGGGAACUCAUGACCUGGGUUGUGCAGGCCUGAAUACGAUCACGAUGUCUAUGUUUGGCAUUGGUGUCUUCGAUGACGCGUGCAGCCCGGAACAGAAACUGACCUGACGAACAACGCGCUCUUACCGAAGGAGGCACCUGACAUGUAGUCCAUGCUCAGCCGCAAGGCCGCCACGAGCAAACCUCCAAGGACUGGUCACGAAGUCUCCUGAUGUUUGUAUAGCCACUUUGAUGAUGCGUUUGCC